UUAAUGAGCUCACUCGCAGCGAGGGCAGGAGCGGAUUUAAAAGAGGCCUGAGAGGGCGGAGGGAGGCUGUGGAGAGAGCCGGGAGCCGAGCGCAGAGUGCAGCGCUGUCACAGCCCCGAGGCUAUCACCGACGGGCGCAGCGGGAGCCAGUGAAGUCAAGAGGUGCGCUUCGGGCAGAAAGAGCAGAGCCGCGCGCAAGGACGCGCGGGCGCCCUCCCAGAGUCCCUGCUCCCGCGCCGUGCCCCUCGGCCAGCAUGAGGCUCCUGACCGCAGUGCUGCUCCUGCUGCUCCUGGCGCUGUGUGCCUUGCUCGUGGACGGGUCCAAAUGCAAGUGCUCCCGGAAGGGACCCAAGAUCCGCUACAGCGACGUAAAGAAGCUGGAAAUGAAGCCAAAGUACCCGCACUGCGAGGAGAAGAUGGUUAUCAUCACCACCAAGAGCAUGUCCAGGUACCGGGGUCAGGAGCACUGCCUGCACCCCAAGCUGCAGAGCACCAAGCGGUUCAUCAAGUGGUACAACGCCUGGAAUGAGAAGCGCAGGGUCUACGAAGAAUAGGGUGAAAAAUCCCUGAUGCGAAAACGUCACACCAGUUGGGAGACAAGCAAAGGACUUUGCAGAUUAAAAAAACAAAUCCUUUCUUUUUCACAGGCAUAAGACACGAAUUAAAUAUUGUUACAAAGCACUUUUUACUGAGGGUCAGUUUUUACAUUUUAUAGCUGUGUGCAAAAGGCUUCCAGAUGUGAGACCCUUUUCUCUUGCGCUCCAGAUUCCAUCUCAAGCUGCUUUUUACCGAAAAGGGGGGAAACUCAUGCCUUUCCUUUGUUAAAAAAGAAAAAGAAAGAAAGAAAGAGAGAGAAAAGAAAGAAAUGCUUCUUUGUAUUUGUCCAGACAUCACUGUACAUCUGAACUUUAUAAGCGCCUGGGAGGAACAGGGCACUUGGUUGAGACAUUUCAUAGCAGCGUUGCUCCCUUCGUAGCACAGGAAGCUUCCGCUCAGAGGUCCUGGCGCCUCGGCACAGCUGCCACGAGCUCUCUGGGGCUCAUGGUCAGUCACAGCCGCGGGGGUGGGGUACUCAGCAGUGGCAAGCAGGGCAGAUCUUGCUGCCUCUGUUCUUUGAGGAGCUUGAGUUUGGCUGCCAGAGAAAUGUGCUUCAUCCUCUCCGGUUAAUUUUUACACACUCUAGGAAAUGUUUCCAAGAUUCUGGGAUGGCGAAGCAGACGGUCCUUAAGGAAGGGGUUGGGUCCUCUCUCCAACCUGAGAGUAUGUGAAAGAUUCACUGCUUCAAUAUUUAAUGCUUUGAAAGCACGUGAAGUUCCCACACUGUUAGCAAAAACCUUGGGAGAAAACAAAAAUACACAAAUCCAUGCACAAUAUACAGCUACAGACACACAUGCUGUCGAUGAAGGAGAAGCUUCACAGCCUGUUUCUUUCCCUCAUGACAACGGAACAUGCAGUGCUAAAGCAAUCUAUCUGUGACUCCCCGUGUAAUUCUUCAAUGUUAACCUGUGCAGUCCUCUUUUGAAAGCUAAGAUGACCACACACACUUUCCUUUGUAAAUACACUCUUAGGAAGGCCCCCUCCACACACGCCCCUUCAGUAUAUGUCGCCUUGCACUCCUGUGUCAUAUGCGAUGUAAAUGUCAGAAACCAUUAGCAUUGCAUGAAGGUUUCAUAUUCUUUCUGAGACAAAAAGAAAAGUAAUAAAAUAUAUUUGAAAUGUACCAAA